AUGGCGGUGAAAGGCACGAAGGAGGCACUCCAAAAAAAUGCUAAAACUUUGUUGGACAUGAGGUUUUAUGUUGUGUUUUGGUAAUUUCAAGCACAAAGGUAAAAACAGAGGGUGAGAGAGAGAGAGUGUGUGUGAGAGUGUCCCAUUCCCAUCCCCCACACAAAAGGUGGUGGGAAAAAAGUUCUUUUUGUACACACUGCGAUGAUGGCGAUGAUGAUGCCUGCAAUCUCCAACACAAACACAAACACCAUCUCUUUCUCUUCUCUCUCUCUUAUCAUUCUCUUCUUUCUUUGAAGCCAACCAUGGUUAACAUCUUCUCCCUCAGUCCGUGAUUAAUAUGAAAGUUGUGAGCAUGGAGACAGAGAAGAAGUGCGGUUGCUGGGCUGUCCUUAAACGCGGUGUUAGAGGUGCGUGCAAACCUUCAGCUUCCAGAGACUCUGCUAACACUAUCCCUCGUACUAGUCUCGUUUAUGAUGCAGGCAUUUUUAUGGAGUUUAAUUAUGACGUGGGUAGUUAAAAAGAUGGAUCUUUUUCAGCUUUAUCGAUCAAGCGAAACAAGAUACCUGAAUGCUAGCAAUCGAGAACUUUGUCCUCCCCUCGAAGCUCGAUUAUCUUCUGAUAACCCUGAUCCCCCACCCCAGGAGAACAAGGCUGCAUGCCAGCUCCUUCAAUUUUCAUUUCAAGAACUUAAAGCUGCAACUGGAAAUUUCAGACCUGAUAGCAUUCUUGGGGAAGGUGGCUUUGGUUAUGUUUUCAAAGGAUGGAUUGAGGAAGAUGGAACCUCGCCAGCUAAACCUGGGUCAGGGAUUACAGUGGCUGUCAAAAGCUUGAAGCCAGAUGGCCUUCAGGGCCAUAGAGAAUGGGUGGCUGAAGUUGACUUUCUUGGACAGCUUCACCAUUCUAACCUUGUGAAACUUAUCGGUUACUGCAUUGAAGAUGAUCAGCGGCUUCUUGUUUAUGAGUUUAUGACCCGUGGAAGUCUAGAAAAUCAUCUAUUCAGAAGAACCGUACCUCUCCCGUGGCCCAACAGGGUUAAGAUUGCCCUUGGUGCAGCAAAAGGAUUGGCCUUCCUCCACAAUGGUCCAGAACCAGUCAUUUAUAGAGAUUUUAAAACAUCUAAUAUUUUGCUGGAUACGGAGUAUAAUGCAAAGCUUUCAGAUUUUGGUCUAGCAAAAGCAGGACCUCAAGGAGACAAAACACAUGUUUCUACCAGAGUAGUUGGAACUUAUGGUUAUGCUGCUCCAGAAUAUGUCAUGACAGGGCACUUGACUGCUAAGAGUGAUGUUUAUAGCUUUGGAGUUGUGUUGCUUGAGAUACUAACAGGAAGAAGAUCAAUGGACAAGAAGCGUCCGAGUGGGGAGCAAAAUCUUGUUUCUUGGGCUAGGCCAUACUUAGCUGACAAGCGAAAGCUGUACCAGCUUGUAGAUCCUCGCCUGGAGCUAAAUUAUUCUCUAAAAGGAGUGCAGAAGAUUUCCCAGUUAGCUUAUAGCUGCCUCAGCAGAGACCCUAAAUCUCGCCCCAACAUGGAUGAAGUUGUGAAAGCGCUGACUCCAUUGCAGGGGCUUAAUGACCUUGCAAUUUUGUCUUAUCACUCUCGCUUGUCCCAACAAGGGAGACGGAAGAAGAAAGAUGGAACUCCACACAUCACAUACACACAAUCCAAGAGCAUGAGGGCCUCUCCUUUGAAUACCAGCAAGCAGCAUCGGUGAGACGAAAAAAAUGGUCCUCUUCUUUAUUGCUGGCUUAAUCAUUGAUUGAAACCAAGGUUGGAAUGCCUCCUUUGUUGUUGUUGUGUGGAGAUGGACAUUUCAAGCUUACAUAUUUUUUGGGUGUUUAAAAUAUGUCAGGGCCAGAAGAAUGAGGAAAGAGUGAUGAAUGAUGAUACAUUGAUUUUAUUUGAGCUCUUUUAUUAGGGAGCUAACCAUCAAUAUGCAAAGAAACUUGUCAUUUGCUUAUGCUGUAACUGAGAAUUCCCCUGUAUGUAUAUGAAAUGCCUCACUUCUCAGAA